AAAUAACGCCGUAACAUUCCCGAAUCAUCUCCAAUAAAAAUUCCAAUUCCCUUCUGAUAAAAAAAAAAAAAAUUUCCAAUUCGCUCAGAGAGUCUCAGAGAAAGAGAAACAGAAAGACUCAAAAGGAAAAAUGUACCAGUGGAGGAAAUUCGAAUUCUUCGAGGAGAAAAACGCCGGGAAAUUGAACAAAAUAUCGCCGCCGUCUUCGUCAGAGGAAGAGAAUUCGGCCGCCGUCAAAAUCGAAUGCUGCUCAAGCGGAAGAGGCAAGGUAGUGAUCGGCUACGGCGACGGCACAAUCAGCCUCCUCGAUCGCGGCCUCAACUUCAAUUUCUCCUUCCACGCUCACUCUUCCUCCGUCCUCUUUCUCCAACACCUCAAGCAACGGAACUUUCUAGUGACGAUCGGAGAAGAUGAACAAAUUUCGCCGCAACAAUCCUCAAUGUGUCUCAAGGUUUUCGAUCUCGACAAAAUGCAUCAGCCAGAGGCCACAAGCACAAGCACAAGCUCCACCACUCCAGAUUGUAUUGGAAUCUUACGUAUUUUCACUAAUCAGUUCCCUCAAGCCAAGAUUACUUCGUUUUUAGUGCUAGAGGAAGUGCCGCCGAUUUUGCUUAUAGCUAUUGGAUUAGAUAAUGGUUGUAUCUACUGUAUCAAAGGUGACAUUGGACGUGAGCGUAUAACUCGUUUUAGGCUUGAAGUUGAUGAUAACCGGUCGUCAUCAAAUUCGAUAACUGGUCUAGGUUUCAGAGUGGAUGGUCAAGCACUCCAAUUAUUUGCUGUUACUCCGGUUUCGGUUACCUUGUUUAGUUUGCAGGAUCAACCGCCUAGACAACAAACCCUAGAUCAUAUUGGAUCUAGUGUUUAUAGUGUUACAAUGAGUGACCGCUUGGAGUUGAUAAUUGGUCGGCCAGAAGCAGUGUAUUUUUACGAAGUGGAUGGGCGUGGUCCGUGUUGGGCUUUUGAAGGAGAGAAGAAAUUCUUGGGGUGGUUCCGUGGUUAUCUAUUAUGUGUGAUUGCAGAUCAGAGAAAUGGUAAGCAUACGUUCAAUGUUUAUGACUUGAAGAACCGUUUGAUUGCACAUAGUAUAGUGGUUAAAGAGGUUACUCAUAUGCUUUGUGAAUGGGGUAAUAUCAUACUUAUAAUGGCUGACAAAUCAGCUUUGUGUAUCGGGGAGAAAGAUAUGGAAAGCAAGUUAGAUAUGCUGUUUAAGAAAAACCUUUAUACUGUGGCUAUAAACCUUGUUCAAAGCCAGCAAGCUGAUGCAGCAGCAACUGCAGAGGUGUUAAGAAAGUAUGGGGAUCAUUUGUAUAGCAAGCAAGACUAUGAUGAGGCUAUGGCCCAAUAUAUUAAUACUAUCGGUCAUCUUGAACCUUCUUAUGUGAUACAGAAGUUCUUAGAUGCACAGAGAAUCUACAACCUUACCAACUACUUGGAGAAGUUACAUGAGAAGGGGCUUGCUUCUAAAGACCAUACAACUUUGCUCUUGAAUUGUUACACGAAAUUGAAAGAUGUUGAAAAGCUAAAUAAAUUCAUUAAAAGUGAGGACGGUGUUGGAGAGCAGAAGUUUGAUGUGGAAACUGCAAUAAGGGUUUGCCGUGCUGCUAAUUAUCAUGAGCAUGCAAUGUAUGUUGCAAAGAAGACAGGGAGGCACGAAUUGUACUUAAAGAUCUUACUUGAAGACCUUGGUAGAUAUGAUGAAGCCUUGCACUAUAUUUCAGGCCUUGAGCCAAGUCAAGCAGGGGUGACGGUGAAGGAGUAUGGUAAGAUUCUCAUAGAGCACAAGCCAGUGGAUACAAUUGAGAUACUCAUGAGACUUUGCACAGAGGAUAAAGAAUCAGUCAAGCGAGGAGCUUCAAGUGCAUACAUAUCUAUGUUGCCAUCUCCUAUUGAUUUUCUCAACAUUUUCAUCCAUCAUCCAGAAUCCCUUAUGGAUUUUCUUGAAAAAUAUACUACCAAGGUAAAAGACUCACCUGCUCAAGUUGAAAUCCACAACACACUGUUGGAGUUAUACUUGUCCAAUGACUUGAACUUUCCAUCCAUCUCACAAGCUAACAACAAUGAAGAUCUUAAUCUUAGAGCUGUUGGGAAAUUGGUUGCUGAUGGCAAAAAUUCAGCUAAGGAAACAGAUUGUUUGGAAAGGCGUGACAAGGGCCUGCGUUUGCUUAAGGGUGCAUGGCCAUCUGAGCUAGAACAUCCACUUUAUGAUGUUGAUUUAGCUAUCAUUCUUUGUGAAAUGAAUGCAUUUAGUGAAGGGCUGUUGUACUUAUAUGAAAAGAUGAAACUCUACAAAGAGGUGAUUGCUUGCUAUAUGCAGGCACAUGACCAUGAGGGAUUAAUUGGAUGCUGCAAAAGGUUGGGGGAUUCAGUUAAAGGAGGGGACCCAUCUCUUUGGGCUGAUCUGCUGAAGUAUUUUGGUGAACUUGGAGAAGAUUGCUCUAAAGAAGUGAAGGAAGUUUUGACCUAUAUUGAAAGGGAUGACAUCUUGCCUCCUAUCAUUGUUCUUCAAACGUUGUCCAGAAAUCCAUGCCUCACACUCUCUGUCAUUAAGGAUUAUAUUGCUCGAAAGCUUGAACAAGAAUCAAAGCUUAUUGAAGAGGACCGGCGAGCUAUUGAGAAGUAUCAGGAAGACACUCUGGCAAUGAGAAAAGAAGUUCAGGAUCUCAGGACAAAUGCCAGAAUAUUUCAGCUUAGCAAGUGCACUGCAUGCACUUUCACACUUGAUCUCCCUGCUGUACAUUUUAUGUGUAUGCACUCUUUCCAUCAGCGUUGCCUUGGGGAUAAUGAAAAAGAAUGUCCUGAGUGUGCUCCUGAAUAUAGAUCUGUUCUGGAAAUGAAGAGAAGCUUGGAGCAGAAUUCUAGAGACCAGGAUCAGUUCUUUCAGCAAGUGAAGAGUUCAAAGGAUGGAUUUUCUGUGAUUGCUGAGUAUUUUGGAAAGGGAAUCAUAAGCAAAACAAGUAAUGGAUCCACAGGUGCAGGUGCUCUUGGAUCAGCCAACACUUCUUCCGGCAGUGGCCUCUAAAGUUGACAUUUGACGCCAACAACACUAGCCGCUAGUGAAUGUCUAAAGGUUGAUUUUUUUUUUUUACUUUUUUUUUUUUUUGAAAUUUAAAAAUGUAUAUGGCUUGAUUUUGAGCUUUGUUGCCCCUCGUUUUUUGAUGAUUGUACUUGCUUCUGUUUUGU